AUCUCCCCUCUCACAACACAUCAGAGCGCAGUCAGAGGAACGGAACCGACUGGACCGAACAUCUCUCGGGGAAUGUUUAGUGUUUCAUCGUCGUUAAACUUGUUCCGUUAAAUUAUCAGCAUCAAACCUAAACGGACGCCGGCGGUUGUGGUUUUUAACUUCCAGCAACUGUAUUUUUAUUCUGAACUCUAUUGGACGGAGCACAAUGACCCACGGUUCCGGAGCAGAGAUGGUCCCGGAGGUUUCGGCCGCCGCCGGGUUCGUUUGCAGGCUUUUGCGCGGCCGCGGACGCUUGAGUGACGCGCAGCUCCAGGUGUUUAGAGACUGUCUCGCGCAGGCGCUAUCAGCACACUACCAGCAUCAUUGGUUCCCCGACAGGCCGCAGAAGGGCUCCGGUUACCGCUGCAUACGGAUCAAUCACGAAAUGGACCCUCUGAUUGGCCGAGCGGCCAACCGUAUCGGACUGACCAGCGGGCAGCUAUUCUCGCUCCUGCCGCGGGAGCUGACGCUCUGGGUGGACCCGUACGAAGUGUCCUACCGCAUCGGCGAAGACGGGUCCAUUUGCGUUCUCUACGAGGCAGAGCCUCCCGUAUCAAGCCCCGCCCCUAGCACCUCAGCGUACGACCAAACGGCGAGCUGCAAAUACCGCUUCACGUUGGGUGGCCGCACAAGUCCUCCCAAAAACCUCCUGAUGAUGGUGUCCAGCUGAGCGCACGGGACUGGUUCUGCCCGACUGACCGACCAACUGCCACGCUAAGAGCUGGAGCUGUUCCCGUGACUUCACUUCGUAAACCUUUAUUUAAGAUGAACGUUAAAGCACUGGUUGUUACGCGGCCGCUGGACCACCGACUCUAGAGACCUAUCAGCACUGUUCUGUGUGACUCGUUUAUUUUGAUCAUCCCGAAACAGGUUUUGGGGUGUUUUCACUGGUGCUCACGCACAGUUUCAGUGCAACUACGAUACCUCAGUCAUGAGAAUGUAACGCAAUUAAAAGGCCUGAAACGUACUUUACGCAAGUUCGUGAAAGUCUUAAGUUUAGCAGGCCUACAAAUAGCGACAAUAAAACUUAAUGGCAUUUAACGCUUCAGUUUACUAUAGCGCCACCUAUGGCGACUAAGAAAACUGACCGGCGUUUCAGUUUGCUAUAGCGCCACCUGUGGCAACUCUGAGAAUGCAACAUUGUUUGUUUUACAACAUAUUUGCAUUCGCAUGCUUGCGUACAGUACGUUUCAGGCCUAAAACUGCUGUGGACUUUAAUAAUUCCUAAAAGGAGCUGCUGUUGAGCGUGGCGCCACACAAACAAACUCCCAUAAUCCCCUCUGCCUUAACCAUAGCGCCACCGCUCCCUUAAUAAACGUCACUGCCUGGCUCUUUUAGUCUUACUGUGCAAUAUUCAGGCAAUAACUUCCUCUUGUGAUGGCAUGAAAUGAGUUGUGUGGAUUUGGGGGAAAUUAUUGUAUUUACCCAGAAUGCUUUGCAUGUGGUAUGUUGGUUGGUAUCAGGCGGAAGCGCCAGCAGAGACUCGCAUCAAGCAUUCUGUCUCUCUCGGGCUGCUGAGCAGCGCGUUUACUGUUUCAGACAGAGCUAAUGUAGUUUGUAAGCUAUUUUAAAGCAGAGUUGCUUUUAAUGUUCACUUUUAUAAAUGCAUUUGUGUAUAAAGUCGGUUUUUAUUACAAUAAACCUUUUGUGAAUGAAGCGUU